AUGGGGGCAUUUUUGGAUAAACCAAAAACUGAAAAACACAAUGCCCACGGAUCAGGAAAUGGCUUGCAAUAUGGACUUAGCAGCAUGCAAGGCUGGAGAGUUGAAAUGGAGGAUGCUCACACAGCCGUGGUGGGUAUACCUCACGGCUUGGAAGACUGGUCCUUUUUUGCGGUUUAUGAUGGCCAUGCAGGAUCACGUGUGGCAAAUUAUUGCUCGUCGCACUUAUUGGAGCACAUUACAGACAACGAAGAUUUCAGAGUUGCAGAAUCUUCAGGAUCUGCUAUUGAACCAUCUGUAGAAAAUGUUAAAAGUGGCAUUCGAACUGGAUUUUUAAAAAUCGAUGAAUACAUGCGCAACUUUGCUGACCUAAGGAAUGGCAUGGACAGAAGUGGAUCUACUGCUGUGGCAGUCCUAAUUUCACCUGGUCACAUGUAUUUCAUUAACUGUGGGGAUUCUCGAGCUGUACUGUUUAGGAAUGGGCAAGUUUGUUUUUCAACACAGGAUCACAAACCUUGCAAUCCAAGGGAGAAAGAGCGAAUUCAGAAUGCUGGUGGCAGCGUCAUGAUCCAGCGUGUCAAUGGGUCAUUGGCAGUUUCACGUGCCCUAGGGGACUAUGAUUACAAGUGCGUUGAUGGCAAGGGACCUACAGAGCAACUUGUUUCUCCUGAACCCGAAGUCUAUGAUCUUCUAAGAGCAGAGGAAGAUGAAUUUAUUAUAUUGGCUUGUGAUGGCAUAUGGGAUGUCAUGAGCAAUGAGGAGCUUUGUGAGUUUGUGAAGUACAGGCUUGAGUUAACGGAUGACCUUGAAAAAGUAUGCAAUUCAGUAGUGGACACCUGUUUACAUAAGGUAAGUGAAUUGUGUAGUAACAGUAGCCGUAUAUUUAAAGAACUCUUCAAGCACUAUUUAACUACAGGAUCUGCUGGACACCACUUCCUUACUUCACUACUUCAAUGGACAACCGGAAGCUUCUAAACAUGAACUUCAUUUAGUCCUCCUGAGCUAAGCCCAACACCACCAAGCUUAACUCGAAGAGGUAGAAGCUCUCUGCUUGAAGUAGUGGAGGUGGGGAGCGGCGCUUGGCUGACCCUAGGUUAGGAGUCACAGUUGUACAACAGUUUGACUCUUCACAACGGCCCAAUCCACUAUAGCAUGUUGUAAUUGUCCUUGAGCUUGGAUUGUUCCUUUAAAUGCUGAACGCUUGUUGUUUGUCCUCGGCUCCACAUUUUUGAUACAAUUUAGUUUCCUUUUAAAAAUGUUGUGCUUGAUCUGUCUCAGUACAUCGCUGCUUUCAGUUUUAUAUCUUGGUUUUUGUGUUUACAGCACUCUUAUCUUUUUCUGGUUAGGCAAUAAUUGGGAAGCUUUAUAGGUAUCAUCCGGUUUAUUUACUUUUCUUAUUCAUACAGAGCCUGGAAAAGUCAUGAAUUGACCAAGAAAGUGUUCUUGUCCUUAUAAGUAUUGCCAAAAAGGUGGCUCACUUCCCGCCCCCUCUCUCCCCAUGGUCCAUAUCUAGUUUAGUGAAUUACAUGUUAUUAUGUGCUGUUAAUUGAGAAACCUUUUUUUAAAUUAGCUGUUUUUGACAGGUUAGUAAGUUCUAGCUGGUCAAUCUAGUGUGCUUAUUUCUGUUUUACUUUCUAAAAGCUGAGACUCUUCUAGUUUUGAUUUAUCUGUAAAGCUACUUGCAGCAUAUCCUGCUUUAUGUGAAAUACCCUCUGUUAUGUGUCUCUCAAAUGAUUACAAGUUGUGGCAAACAUUUUUGAGGCUGUGCAUAAGUUUCAGCAGAAAUCUAGUUACCGUAUAUACUCGAGUAUAAGUUGACCCGAAUAUAAGUCGAGAUCCCUAAUUUUACUCCAAAAAACUGGGAAAACUUAUUGACUCGAGUAGGGUGGGAAAUGCAGCAGCUACUGGUAAAUUUCUAAAUAAAAUUAGAUCCCCCAAAAAUUCGAUUAAUUGAAUAUUUAUUUACAGGGGGUGUGUGUGCGUGUAUGUGUGUGCGCGCGGUGGGAGGGGAUGUGUAUGAGUGCAGUGUGUGGGAGGGGGCUGGCAGGAAGCAUUUACUUACCUUUCCGUCAGCUCUCUUCUCUCUCGUCCGGUCAGCUCCACUGUAUGUCUCGCGAUGUGACUGCCGCGCGGAGCAUUACCAUGGUAACCCAUGGCAACGCUCUGACCCCUCAGCUCUCGCGAGACUUGCAGGGGAGCUGACCGGACCGGAGGAGAGAGCUGCAGGAAAAGUAAGUAAACGCUUCCUGCCAGCCCCCAACAGGACCACCGGGUUUAUAAUGAGCCCGGCGGUCCUUGUCUGUAUUAAGGCAAUGUAAGUUGCCAUAAUACAGACACUCGCGUAUAAGACGGUUGGGGUUUUUUCAGCACAACAAAUGUGCAGAGAAACUCGUCUUAUGCUAGAGUGUAUACUGUAUGUAUUUCUUCUGCUAGUUGUGACUGGUUAAUUUGUGUGGGUUAACAGGUUUAAUGGUGUUUGACUUGUGGCACAUGAAGUGCUACAUUUACGAAGCCAUGAGUAUCUAUGGCAUUAAAUUACAUUUCAAAAGCAGAGUAGGUAUACAGCAUUGAUUUGUAACAGGGUUCCAUUUAUUUAACUUAAAAGAACACUAUAGUCACCUAAAUUACUUUAGCUAAAUAAAUCAGUUUUAGUGUAUAGAUCAUUCCCCUGCAAUUUCACUGCUCAAUUCACUGUCAUUUAGGAGUUAAAUCACUUUGUUUCUGUUUAUGCAGCUCUAGCCACACCUCCCCUGGCUAUGAUUGACAGAGCCUGCAUGAAAAAAAAAAACUGGUUUCACUUUCAAACAGAUGUAAUUUACCUUAAAUAAUUGUAUCUCAAUCUCUAAAUUGUAUUUUAAUCACAUACAGGAGGCUCUUGCAGGGUCUAGCAAAAUAUUAACAUAGCAGGGGAUAAGAAAAUCUUAAUUAAACAGAACUUGCAAGAAAGCAUAAAUAGGGCUCUCUUUACAGGAAGUGUUUAUGGAAGGCUGUGCAAGUCCCAUGCAGGGAGGUGUGACUAGGGUUCAUAAACAAAGGGAUUUAACUCCUAAAUGGCAGAGCAUUGAGCAGUGAGGCUGCAGGGGCAUGUUCUAUACACCAAAACCGCUUCAUUAAGCUAAAGUUGUUCAGGUGACUAUAUAGUGUCCCUUUAAUAAUUUGUUAAAAGAAUUAAAUUUCUGCUGGUACAGUCAAACAAUACUUGUUGUUCGUUUUAAGGGGCACAGUUUGUAGGUGUGUAUUAUUUUUGGGGUUAUUCGUACAAAGCAUUUAACAUAUUAGAACUGGCUCUACAAGAAAAUUAAGAUAUGAUCAGAAUAUUUUAACUAUAGAUGGGAAAUAGUUAUGCUAAUGACUUUUUUAAAAUUUAUUUUCUUUUUCUUUUUUUUUUCUUUUUCUGGGCAUAUUGAACUUAAAGGGAAAUUAUCAUCACGAGCAUAAUUACAUUAAAAAGCCUGCAAUGACAUACUAUACACACCAGAUAAGCUACAUUAAAGGGACACUAUAGUCACCAGAACAACUACAGCUUAUUGAAUUUGUUCUGGUUAGUAGAAUCAUUCCUUUCAGGCCUUUUGCUGUAAACACUGCUUGUUUCAGAGAAAAUGUGUUUACGUUACAGCCUAGUGAUAACUUCACUGGCCACUCCACAUUUAGCUGUUAGGGAUCCUUCCUGGGUCAUGGCUGCCUAAAAUGCAUCCAAACAUUCAGUGUCUCUUCCCUCUGCCUGCAGACACUGAACUUUCCUCAUAGAGAUUCAUUGAUUCAAUGAAUCUCUAUGCGGAGAUGCUGAUUUGGCCAGGGCUGUUUGCAUUGUGCUGGCUCUGCCCCUGAUCUGCCUCUGUCAGUCUCAGCCAAUCUUGUGGGGAAACAUUGUGAUUGGAUCAGGCCACCACGUCUGAUGAUGGCAGUGGGCAGAUCUAAAGGAAACCGGGACAAAAUAAGCAGCUGCAGACUUGAAUACAAGUAAGAGUUUACUAUAUUUAGGGAGGCAUGAUGGGACCAGGAUGGCUAGAUGGUGGUUUUAGCCCUAUAGGGUCAGGAAUACAUGUUUGUGUUCCUGACCCUAUUCUGCUCAUUUAAGCUGUUAAGGCAGUCUUUGUUACUGCCUAGGGACACUUCUAGUGGCAGUCACUCAGACUGCCACUAGAGGUGAUUCCUGGGUCAGUGCUGCAUAAUGUUAAGCACUGAACUUCAGUGUCUUCACGCUCCUCAUUGAGAUGUAUUAAUUCAAUGCAUCUCUGUAAGGAAAUGUUGAUUGGCAUAGCACAGUGUUUGGCCGCAUAUGCAUGAUUGCUUUCCAAUGCUUUUUCUAAGGGAAUGCAUUGGAUUGGCUGAUAUUGUCAAUUUUGAUGAUCUCAGUCAAGGACCUGCACGGUGAUGGAGUAAAAGUGAGUUUUAUCCCUUUUUAAGGAUGGUGGCAGCCAUCGAAUGUAUUUCCAACCACCCCCAGUGUUGUCAGUUCUUUAGCCAAAUAAAUAAAUCAUAUGCAUUGAAGUUGUGUUGGUCUCAAUGUGCACAUUUUGAAAGGAAAGACAACAGGGAAUUUUGUUUGUUUUUGUUCUAUGGAAAGAUAAGUCAAAUGCACAGUUUUAUGGAUUGCAUGAUCAUCAAUUUGUUGAGAAUAAAAUAUACAUUAUCGGUAGAGAUUUCAUUGUUAUUAUAUCAGGUUCACAUUUAGGUCUUUGCUGUGCAAGGACAUAAAGUAAAAAUAUAUUUGAUAUCUUUGCUUGUAAUUUAUUAAGCAGACAUUGAGGUGAAAAUGCAGUGCUAAAAAAAAGUGUAGUGUUAUUUGCACGAUCAGUACACUAUAAAGAUGGGACCCUUGCAAAUAAUAUACUCCUGUAAUUCUAAUUUUUUGUUUCUACUAUUGUGGGUUAGUAGAAUGGUCACUUGAUUUUGUGAAAAAACACUUUCUAACUAAAAUCUUUAUUUUAUUUACUUACAGGGAAGUCGUGAUAACAUGAGCAUUGUCCUAGUUUGUUUUCCAAAUGCUCCUAAGGUCUCUGAAGAUGCAAUCAAAAAAGAUGCAGAUUUGGAUAAACACUUAGAAUCAAGAAUUGAAGGUACGUUUGUAGACUGUUACCACACCCACACUCUAAGCCAAUUUUAUUCAAUCCUUGUAAAUGGUAUAUAUUGACAAAUGUCGUAGAACUGAAAUAUCAGUUUUUGCAUGGCAAAGAUUGGAGAUACAGUCUACUCUAGAACAAGCUUGCUCACAGGUUUUUAUCAGGAGCAGCGGUUUCAUAUGUAGAAGCUGUGAAUGGCUUGAAAAACAAGGCGGCUGUUGGUUUGAGGUGAGUUCUGCGAGGUGAUUGUAUGUUGACUUCUCUUUUAAUAUACUAUAUAUAGUGUGGUGUUUUUUUUAUUUUAUUUUUUUUAAAUGCGGUGAUGGUUCAUAAAAUGGAAUUGCAGAACCCUCUGGUUUUUUGUUUUUUUUUCUUUUCUAGAAUCAGAAGUUUUGUUUUUUCCUUAUUUAAAAAAAAAAAAAAAAAAAAAAAGAGAGAGAGAGAAAUUCCCUACUGGAGGAGUCAAUCUAAUUUGAGGCUGAAGUCGUGCAAGACUAUUUCCCUGUGAUUUUUCUUCCUUCUAUAUUGUGGUCUUCCUCCCAAACUAUUUAGAUCACUUUUUAAAGUGGACCUGUCAUGGUACACACGUUUAUGCUCCUCUUAUAGAGCAUAAGAAUUCAUCUCUGAAAUGUGCUAGAAUUGCUAGCAAAUGUAUAGGAUGGGAGAAAUCUAUUUAAAUAAAAAUUUAAAAUAAACAUUCUUUCUUCCACCCAUCUGCCAGUUGACCUCUGUGCCAAACAAUUGACUGACAGGUACAGCAGCAGAGAUCUCCUAUAGGCGGUCCUCCUCUUCUGCAUGCAUAGCAGCUACAGUACAGGCAUCUGCUUAAGCCUAUGUGGUAGAAUGGAAAAACUUGAAGGGUAAGGGGAUACAAAAGUAGAAAAUCUCCUGAAUGGGGGUUAACCCCUAGUGCAAGAAUAUUUGCACCAACAACUAAACAACAAGAAGAGACAAAAAACAGGAGAAAAGGAAUUAGGGUAGAGUGUAAGUCCCUUAAGAGGAAGGAGGACCAGUCAGUGGUACAAAUAGUGUGUACCACUUUAAAACUUUUAAUACUAAAGUAAAACCACAAGAGCACACAUUAAGAACACUAAUUAGUAUAACUUGUCCUGGCUUGUCUCAGUUAGUACAGAGAUAGUGUAAUUGCAGGGAUUAUUUCAAUCCGAUUUAAGUGAACCCGCUGCAGGUGAAAUGGUACAAUAAUUUACCUAGCGGUACAAUAUUACAGUCUCGAGUACAAAGUAGUAUAUAACACCCUGUUCUCAGAGUAUUAUUUUGUCAAUAAAAAGUAAACUGUAUACCUGUUGGUGUCUCAGACCAUAUAUUGUAGUGUGGGAGGGAGACCCAGAAUGGGUUAUUAAUAUCGAUUUCCUGGAAUAUAUAUCACAGAGAUAGUGUGGGUUUAAGACCACAAUAGUGGAGAAAUUCCUGAGUAAUUCUCAAAGUCCCUAAGUGCUUGUGUCUUUAAGGGCACCCCUUAACUAAAGCCUGCAAAUCCCUUAACACUGGUCUGUACAACCUCCCGCCAGAAAUCCUGCCUAGGAAGCAGAGAGUGCAAAAACCGUGCUCACCAAUUACACUAAAAAGUGGCUAAAAUUGCUGAUUAAAGAUCAGAAUAAUCUGUUUUUCUGAAUGCUAAAAAGAAAGCUAAUAACCCAUGGUCUAAAAAAACCAAAACUAAGAUGCAAGAAUUGUAAUUUCAGAACAACCUGCCAAAAACCUUCACCGAGAUGAAGAUGGCUGCUGUUCAUUUGGUGUAUUGCAUAGCAAACUCCUUAUCCAACACUUAGAAAGUCAAUGAAAUAGUAAAUAAUAUCACAAGAAUCAAAGGUUUUGUUGGAGAGGGAGAGCUCCAAUAAUUAAUCUGAAACCUUAUUCCCAAAGUGUCAGUUUAUUAAUCUUCAGCAUAAGUGGGCAAAUUAUCAAGGUCUCUAGAUGUUGGAGACCUGGCACAGUUUAUAAUGCUUUGCCAGGCUACAGCUAUAGUUCUACAAAAUAUGUGGAUCUACAUUUUGCUCAGCCCUGGUCUAGAGGCAUAAGACAUAACAUCUGUCAAUUAGUCAAGGUUAUGCAAGAAAGUGAAGAAAAAAUGGGAAAGUCAAAGGUUUCCUCUAUACCCUAAAGUCUUCAGGCUUAUGCAGUGAGUAAGAAGUCAAUCUGGAGAAAUUUGCAUUUUUCUAUUCCGUCUUCAAGAUGAAUAUAAUCUACAUCCUAAGAUUUCCAAAAGAGAAAUUAAAAACAAUCUUAAUUACUAUAGGUGAGGCAACAAAUCUGGAUAAAAAUUUUUUUGGAACAGUUGAAAUGGCCUUCCUGUUAGUGGGAUAUAUGAGGGUUUGGGCCUUUUAAAACUAGGGAUGCACGGAAAUAUAAAUUCUAAACUGAAAAUUCCGGAUGCCCUUGGUCGAAAACCGAAAAUGACUUUUUUCCCCAAAUGACUAAGUUUUUUUUUGUUUUUUUCUAUAUUUUUUUAAUUAAUAUUAGACUUUUUAAUUGUUAGCAAUUUACAGUGAAUUUCAUAUUUUAGGCUAUAAUAACUGAACUAUUUAAAAAAAAUUCAGUUUGGCUAAUUUGGCCUAAAAAAAUAAAAUCGUUUUUUAAUUUAACUUUCACUUCCUCACAAUUGACAGCUAAGUAAUAACCCUGAAUUUAUUACUAGGUCAAAGAGGUAGCUGUUGUAAAACUGCAACUCCCAUGAUGCUGUGUGAGCCUAAAGGGUGAGAUAGCAGGAUGGGAGUUGUAGUUCUACAGCACCUGUCACUGCAGCUUCUACAUGUGCUGUCCAGGUUCGGCCCUCUCACCCCUGCUGCUGCUCUCCUCCCCCAGGCCAGCAGGGGGCAGGCUGCCUCCCUCCCUUACCCCCCAGUGGAGGUUGCAGCUGGUGGGGUGGUCACCCAGUGCAGUGCAUGGACAGGUCCCUCGAGGAGCUGAAUUACCAUGCCUGGAGGCAGAGCUGGCAGUCCUCCACUCGGCCCUCUGCUCCCGCGUCACAUGAUCGGCCAGCUCCUGCCAGAAAGCAUGCUGCAAUACAGGGGUAACAAACACUAGAGAAUGCUGUUCAUGCUACUUUCUCUGGUGUUUCCAACUCCUGUGUGCUGCAUGUUUGACGGUCACAUAAGUAGUUUUUAUAUAUCUGGCAGCUCACUAAUCUGGGUUUCUUAUUGUGGGACAACCAAUGUCUUGUCCUCUGCUGCUAGCCUGAAGCCGGACUAAAAGAAAAAAUUAACAACCUGCCGGGGGGAAGAGGGAUGUAAUAUUUGGCCCAUUUUCGGCAGCCGAAAUUUGGUGCAUCCCUAUUUAAAACGUCAAUAUUCAAAUCAAAUGGCCUUCCUGUUACUGGGAUGGACGAGGGUUUGGGCCUUUUUUUAAAACUAGGGAUGCACGGAAAUGAAAAUUUAGGAUGCCCUUGGUCGAAUUCCGUAGGGCAGUAAAAACACCACAAAUUAUGUGUGGGUAUUGAACAAAAUGUCGUGAUUUUAUUUUCUUAUUUAGAAGACUAUUCAAAGUGUGUGGGGUUUUUUUGUUUUUUUUUGGUGCAGAAAUGCAAAAAUUUAGGAAUGGGUAGAAGUGGCAAAGGAAAAAAAUUACCAGGGAGUGUAAUCUGAUCGUUCUAAUUGAAAAGCCAUUUGGUUCAUUGUAACCAGUAUUGUUUUAAAUGGGUUUUUAUUGUUUUUGCAGUAAAGUUGCAAGUGAAAAUCAAUAUAAUGUUGCCUACGCAGAGGCUCAGUGUUGUAUAAAAUAAUAGUUGCAUAUGUGCCUGCGCAGAGGCUAAAUACAGUUGUACCACACAAUAUCAGUCACCUGUAUGUUCCAUGCUUAUAAAUUCUGAACCGCUGACCUGCGAUGCACCUUGUCUAGUGAUGUUCUUGUUAUUCUUAUGCAGUGUAGAAUGCAUUACAUGUAUCGGGCAGGUUAACGUGAGAAGCCCUUGGUUGCCUUCGCUGAAGCUUGCGUGACCCCUCAUGUACACAAGAUGGGCGCAAUAUGUUAAGCGAGCGGAUAUGUGUUGCGGACUGACAGGCUAAAUGCCGUGAAAAACUAAAGAGUGGUGCCGUGCGUCUGGGUAAUUGCGCCUAUGCAUCCUUAUAGUAAAAGCGCCUGUAUAAAUAAGUAGGCUCCUGAUCAACUAAAAUGCUAAAACUUGAGCUCAUACAGGUAUUACAGCAUAGGUAGCGUGUACUUGACAAACGUAUUAUACUGGGCUGGUGUCAGGAGGCAAUGGUGAGUCAUAGCUGUCUGUUGUGUGACAGCACCUAGUGCAGUGGUGCAUUAAGGAGGCUUAGUUAAACCGUGUUAUGUAAAGAGGCUAGAAGGGAACGCAAAAAUAAAAGGAAAGAAAAAACGUAUUUGCCUAUAUGUUUACGCCCCAUAAUAGUUUGCUAGAUUUUAGCUAUUUUUUCAGAUUGGGGCAUCUGGUUUUUGGUUACAGGUCUAUACAUAAGAAGAACAUCCAAGUAUGCGGAAUAUGUGCGAUAUAGAUGGAUAUAUAUCUCUACAUCUCCAUAUAUAUCUCCCGCUAUAUAGAAUUCCUAAUGGUUUUAAUUUCCUCCCUCUUUCCCUUUUCUUUUCUUCAUUGCUUUUUGAUCAAGGCUACGGGGGGGGCCGCAGGGGAACCACCUGUAGCCGCCGUGGGGAGCCAGCCAGCAUCUCUCCAGGCCCCGCCAUAUUACCAGCCGAGGGCUCCAUAGCGCGGCGGGCACUCGGAGACCCACCAGUCCGCAGGGCUCCUGCACCCCCACCUCGCCACCAGAGUCCCAGCUGAGUGGGGGGAAGGCCACUGCUUGUCUCACCCAACACUGGCCUCUCAGAGCAUGUGCCGACUGUCCUCUCAGCUGCCGGAGGUCGCAGCGUCCCAGGGCUCACAGCGUUGGGGACAGCUGCCUCCUCAAAACCCAGGGGCAACGGCUCAUCGUCCCCGGCAUGGCAUAGUCCCAGAGCCGCCACAUCUGGCCAGCACAUCCCCCGGGCACCGCCCGCAUGCAUCUCCCCCGGAGCCCCACCUGUCCUGCGGGUGCCGGAUCAAUAUGAGAGCUUCUCAAGGCAAGGCAGGCAAUCCUUUCAGGGAGAGUCAGUGGAGCUCAUGAUGAACGCCAGAUUGGCUGUGUGAGCAAGGAGUGUCUUCCGAUUUCGAGUGUCAUUUCCAGACGGGCCACAUCCUGGCAGCCUGUGCCUGUACAGGAGAACAGCGUGGUCUCAGUCGGCGCUUCCCCCCUCGGAGUAUGGCGCCUCCAUGGAGCCGGGUUCAUGGGGGGGGGGGGUCUUAAAACAAGUUAACACAUAUAUUGCAAGAAAUUUGCAGGUGGCAGUUGUGGCAAAACCGACCUCUCCACUGGGCAUUGGAGAAGACUGAUUGCCAGCCUCCUGCCAUGUGACUAUGGGCCCUGGAAUGUAUUGCCCUUUUAAAGACAUGAUUUGGGCAUAAUGGAUUUGUGUUGUGCUGCUGUUGGCCUUUUAAGAACCAUCUGGGGACAUACUGUGGAGUUGCUGGGUGGCCGCCAUUUCAUGUGUCAGAGGCACAUGGUGAGAACAAUGGAUGAAGCACAUGGUGGGAACAAUGAAUGGCGGCCAUUUUGACGCAAACACUGUUUGGACUUUUCUACACAGUGCCAUCUCGCCCGUGUUUGGUGCGCAAGGACAUCGUGCAGUGGUUUUGAACUGUGCAACGGGGGACAUAUUGUACAGUGAUUGUUUUUCAUACGGCCUGUAUAUGUUCUGCGGAAUCUGCAUUGUACUGUGUCUUCCAGGCUGCUGAACGGAUCUGGGUGAAUUUUGGAUGUGGUGUUCGCCCAGAUCCCCCGGUUCCGGGGAUGUACUUUUUGUGGGGUUGUUGCAUGUUUUGGGGUUCUUGUGAUGUGUCUUGUAAUACUGUGUUUCUCUUCCUGUGAUAAUUAUAUUAACCAUUGUGUUCAGUGAUCAUAUCACAGACAGAGGGGAGGAUUUUUUGUUGGAGUGUCUGUGUGUAUUGAACUGAUUGAUUGGUUGUAUUUCAAAACCCUGUGGGCAGUACUAGGUUUGUGGAUUGUGAAUAAGAGGUUGUAUGUGCCAGGACAGUCAGUUCUACUUCACCCUCAAUUUGGAGUGCUGUCUCUUAUUGGGGGAAUCUGCUACAAGGGAUUGCUAUGCUUGUCAUACUCCCUUGCUAAAUCACUACUAAUCUCUUGUAAGAGCGUGUUCCUGUCCUUCUCUCUGAAGGAGUCCACGGUGGUUAUGGUGUCGGCUGGAGUGCUUGGAGCCCUCAGGAAGCGCCAGGAGCAUCCUUCAACGGAGGUACCCAGUCGGGUGCCAGGUGAUCCGUUACAUUGGUGGCAAGCGGUGGUGAUGGCGUCCUAGUGCGAGGUAAAGCACCUCAGACACCGUUCGUGGAUUUACAAAUUGAGGGCGAUGCUAGUGUUCAUACAGCGUCCCUGUCUACAGAAAGAUUUGGGAAAAUGGGGUUCGUGGACCCCUGGGCAGCACACACCUGAGGAAGAGAGUGAAUUGGAAUGGAGAGAUAUUGCACGGAAAGCAUUAUGGUACGAUGCCCUGGAUGAAGUCCAGUAUCAACGGCAGCAGCGCCUUUUGGUGUCGCAUACCAAUUGGAGGAACAAAUGGCUUGGAGGAUGCCGCUUCUGGGAGACAAACCGCGGAAGUGGUGACUAUAGUGUCCCUUUAAGUUUACCAGAUCAUUCACACCUAAUAUCCAUCACAGAAUCUGGAGAAGAUUUCGUACAUUGUAUUCAGAGGAAGAAAUGUAUCAAAUUGCUUUGGCUCAAACCAUGAAAUUUCUACAGCUAUUAUUUAAGAAAGGCUUAAGUCUAUGCACCUUAAGUAAGUUUAAGUAACAUAUUACUCCUAGGUCUUAAACCUCACUCAUAUAUUUUUUUUGAGGUAUUAAUCAAGGUAGAACUAAUGGAUCAGAAUAUUGUCCUCGUUUGCCUUGUGUUCCCCCUUCUGAGACAAAUUUUCAGAGCAAACCGUCACUAAAAAAUAAAGUGUAUAUAUUUGUGUGUGUGUAUGUAUAUGUAUGCGUCCUCUGAAAGAACAAGGGAACUUUAAAGCUUUGUCCGUGUCUUUACCAUAUAUUUUCCAUUAAGGACAAUGGCACCUUGGCAACUAACCUAGCCUUUUGACCUCAGAUUCUGAAACAAUCCAUUAUGUAUAUCAAGAAUAAAAUGUAGUCCUCUUUUUUUCAAAAGUUAACUAUGCCUUAAUUUGCUUUGCUCCUAAAGUGUUCCUUCUACUGUCACCAUCUUAAGUGACUUUCGUAUGUUCUGUUCUUUUGGUUUUAUAAGAUGGCUUUAGAUUUUCUUAAAGGAGCACUAUAGGGUCAGGAAAACAAACGUAUUCCUGACCCUAUAGUGUUAAAACAACCAUCUGGUCCCCGCUUAACUCUCUAAAUGUAGUAAAACCUUAUUUGUAUUAAUGGACCACUAUAGGCACCCAGACCACUUCAGCUUAAUGAAGUGGUCUGGGUGCCAGGUCCAGCUAGGAUUAACCCUUUCUUCUAUAAACAUAGCAGUUUCAGAGAAACUGCUAUGUUUAUAAUAGGGUUAAUCUAGCCUCUAGUGGCUGUCUCAUUGACAGCCGCUAGAGGCGCUUCCGCGCUUCUCAAUGUGAUUUUUUUUUUUUCCAGUGAGAAGACGCCAGUGUCCAUAGGAAAGCAUUGAGAAUGCUUUCCUAUGGACUGGCUGAAUGCACGCGGGGCUCGUGCCGCGCAUUCAACCGACGAGGAGGAGACUCCCCUGCCCGGCACUGGAAAAAGAGGUAAAUUUAACCCCUUCCACCCCCUAGACCCUGGCAGGAGGGGGGCCCUUUGGGUGGGAGGGACCUAGAGACCCUAUAGAGCCAGGAAAACUAGUAUGUUUUCCUGGCACCAUAGUGGUCCUUUAACCCCUUAAGGACCAAUCUUCUGGAAUAAAAUGGAUUCAUGACAUGUCAUGUGUCCUUAAGGGGUUAAAGUCCGCAGCUCCUGGCUCUGCCACUGUCUGCCUCAGACCUGCCUGCUGACUUCAUUAGAAAUGGUGGCCUGAUCCAAUCACAAUGCAUUCCCAAUAGGAUUGGCUGAGACUGUCAAGGAGGCAGAUCAGGUGCAGAGCCAGCACAAUUAAAACACAGCCCUGGCCAAUCAGCAUCUCCGCAUAAAGAUGAAUUGAACCAAUGCAUCUCUGAGGAAAGUUCAGUUUCUGCAUGCAGAAGGUGUAGACACUGAAUGGCAGUGUUGCACAGUAGGCAGGGCUGCUUAAGGAAGUAGCUUUAGCAGCCACCUGAGGAGUGGCCAGUGAUGUCAUCACUAGGUUUGUAAUAUAAACACCGCAUUUUCUCUGAAAACCAAAGAAAGUUACCUGCGCUCUCUCUCCUUAAUCCCUAUGUAUAUUUAAACAAAUGGAGAUCAUUUAGUUACUCCAAUGGCCACUGGAGGGAAUGCCUGCCUGCCAACGUCAAGGCAGACCCCCCCUAGACGGGUCCUACACUGACCCUUCACCUUGCUUCCUUGAGCAAAGAUAUCUCUAAUGAGACAGAGAGGGGGAUUUUUUUUAUAUACACCCUAAUAUAUAUAUAUAUAUAUAUAUAUAUAUAUAUAUAUAUUUUGAUGUGUACUGUGGUCGUUGCUGCCGCCCAGGAGUGAAGGGAGUGAGUGCAGGACUUAUCUUUUUGUAUUUUUAUUCACUUUUUGUAUCACACAGUUAGGUUACAAUGCUGCUGCCUGCCUUAUGUGUUCCCUUUUAAGGCUUAAUAAGUAUAUAGGGGUAUAUAUAAAAAGAAAUUCUCUGAUUUAGGUGUUUUAUCAUGAGGGGUCUCUUUGAGUUUAAUGAACUUGUUGUAGAACUCUGUAUCCGUGUCUCUAUAGAAGGAGUUUUCUGGUCUUUUGUAGGAAAGUUUUACACACCACCAUUAUCGAAUCUUUUUAGUCAAUCUUUGUUUUGAGACAUGAGUAUCGUACAGAAAAGAGAUAUUAUAUAUAUAUAUAUAUAUAUAUAUAUAUAUAUAUAUAUAUAUAUAUAUAUAUAAAUUUUUUUUUAUUUUUUUUUAUUAUGUAUAUGUGUGUUAAAUCUUAACAAAGUCAAGCACAGGGGCGUGCUAAUAAAAUUACGAUGUCGAAGGAGUCAGGAGAAAAGCUAAACUUGUAUAUAAAUACGUCUGGAAAUUCCUGUCUGAUAAAAUGCAACAUAGCAGUGUGAGGGAGUAGGUUAUGCUUAGCAUGCUGAAUAAUCGCAAGCUUGUACCGCUAAGGCCACAUAGAUUAAUCAGAUCUCAGUAGAGCAAACCAUAUAAGUAAAAAGUUAAACAAAAUUAAACCAAAUCGCUACUGCUGUUAGAACUUAGGGCAUCUGUGAAUGUUUGCUCAGAUGAAGUCAAUCACCCAAUACCAUAAGUGGGUAUGAAGCGUGAGUAACGUCCAAGUCCACCUGAGUAAGCUGCAUAUUGGGGCACCUCCUCUAGCCCCAGGCCCUUCCAAGAGCCAGUACCACUACAUGGACUAGUAACUUCCUGGGGCAAAGUCUUUUCACUGGUGGGGGUCUAUGCAGGACAUUACUCUGCCGCCUUAAGAGAUGCCGAGCGGUCCUCCGCGGACGUGGGUGGUACAUAGGGGUCAAACCCUGGGUAAGGCUGACACAGGUGCGUCUGCCAUCUUGUAUGUUUGAGUUGGCCCCAAGUCUGGGGUAGAGUGUAACAAGCAGCUGCAAGCUGGCCAAGCUGAAACUAGGAUAACCCCCAUUGGUCUAAAGUGGAGGGGGUAAUUUUUUUUAUUUAUUUUUUUAAAUUAAAUUCUUCACAAAUUUGUUCUGGUUCACCUCUGGUUAUGACUUACAAAAAAUAAGCUGUUGUCCCUCAAAUGUGUGUGUGCCUGUUUUAGUAGUGAUAUUUUUACUAUUCUCUCCAAUAAUUUGUUUCUCUUGACUUCGUACCUGGAGAAAUGAUUCAUAUGCCUUAUUUGUUAAAUUUAUCAGGGACUCAAACUUAUAUUGAUCUUAACUUGUACUUUGUUAUACAUCUUGGGGAUUUAUGAAUUUUAAACUGAUUUUAUAUUUCUAGAAGCACAUACAUUUUUAGUAAAUCCUACUUAUUUAUUGACUUGAGUAUCCCUUUUAUUUAUAUAUAUAUUAUUUUUUUUUUAAUUUAGAAAUAAUGACAAGUGCUGGAGAGGAGGGAAUGCCAGACUUGGCCCAUGUAAUGCGCAUCCUAUCUGCAGAGAACAUCCCACAGUUGCCUCCUGGUGGAGGUUUAGCUGGAAAGUAAGUCACUGCAGUCCUAUUUUAGUUUCAAGAAAAUCUAAACCCUCCUAUGUUUAAAAUGUAAUGUAUUAUGUAGAGAAUAGCAUUGAUAAAGACUAAACAUGGGCUCUCUUCUCCAUCCCAUAAAAGCCACCACAUCUGUGCAAGAAGUGUGCCAACUGUCAUAGUGUGUGUGUGUGUGUGUGUGUGUAUACACACUUACGGUACGGCAGUUGGCACACUUAUUGCACAGGUGUGGCUUUUAUGGGAUAAAAUUAUUUCUUAGAUUGGGGCUAUGCAUUAUAUGUUGAAUCUGUAUUUGGUGGCACUAUUUUAUGUCACUGUAUUAUUAGGCUUAAAAUGUUGUAUCGAUGAAGGAUUGUAUUGGGUACUAGGGUAAUUAUGGUAUUUGGUAUAGAUUGUAAAAGGCUUAACACUGAGAGUACAUCUUUAUUAAGUACUGCUGCGUUUGUUCAUAGGCCAACUGUUUCAUAGUUUCAAGCACCUGUUUUCUUGUUUUAUAGGUAAAUCAAAAAUGAAUACACACCAAAAAACCUUAAGAAAUCUCUAUCUAGAUUUAUUAACCCCUUAAGGACCGAGGACGGUUCAGGACCGUCAUCGGCAUUUUUGCGUUGCCGACCGAUGACGGUCCUGAACCGUCCAAACGGUCUGGGGCUACUUACCUGAUCGCCGUCGUUCCCCCGGCGGCGAUCAGCGUGGCUCCGGUUGUGGGGAGACUGCCUGCAGCCCAGACAGUCUCCCCACGGCAGAUUAGGACCCCUGUGGCCAUGUGAUCGCUCAACACAGCCAUCACAUGGUCACAAUAGGUGUCCAUGUGUCUGCCUGCAGGGGGACUGCCUGUACUGACAGGCAGUCUCCCUGCAACUGUAAAAUCAAAAAAAAAAUUAAAGUUAAUGGUAAUAAAAAAAAUAAUAAUAAUUAUAUAUGUAUAAAUAUGAUAUAUAGACAUAUAUUGUAUCUAUAUAAUAUAUGUCUAUAUAUCAUAUAUAUAUAAUGCCAUACUAAGUGUAUUUUUAUAUUAAUAUGUACUUAUAUUAAUAUAAAAAUACACUUAUAAUUAAAUUACACACGUAUAUAUAUAAUAUAUAUAAUAACUAUAUAUAUUGUAUAUAUAUAUUAUUAUAAAAUAUAACUAAUAAGUAAUUUAAAUUAAAUAAUUUUUUUUAAAAAUAAUAAUAAAAAAUUUAAAAAUUAUAUAGCUAUAUGAAAUUUUAUUCUAACUGUAUUUUAAAAUUAAUAUAUAUAUAUUUAUAUCAAAAUACACUUAGAAUGAAUUUGUAUAUAUAUCUAUGUAUAUAAAAAUAAAUAAAAAUAAUAAGAAAUAUACAUACGUCCAUAUACAAAAUUACAUAAAUAAUUAUAUAAAUAUACACGUAGACUUCAAAUAUAUAAAUAUGCAUAUAUAUUUAAAUUCUACGUGCGUAUUUAUGUAAUAUUUUUACAUAAUUCAGUAAUUUUAUUGAUUGCAAUUUGAGGGACCUGCCUGCCAACCCAGGCCGAAAUUCCAGAGAAUUUAAUUUGCUAGCACUGUAUUUUACCCUGUAACGUUCUACGACACCCUAAAACCUGUACAUGGGGGGUACUGUUUUACUCGGGAGACUUCGCUGAACACAAAUAUUAGUGAUUCACAACAGUAAAACAUAUCACAGCGAUGAUAUUGUCAGUGAAAGUUACUUUUUUUGCAUUUUUCACACACAAACAGCACUUUUACUGAUGAUAUAAUUGUUGUGAUACGUUUUCCAGUUUUUAAACACUAAUAUUUGUGUUCAGCGAUGUCUCCCGAGUAAAACAGUACCCCCCAUGUACAGGUUUUAUAGCAUUUUUGAAAGUUACAAGGUCAAAUAUAUGGGUCAAAUAUUUUUACAUUGAAAAUGGCCAGGUUGGUUACGUUGCCUUUGAGAGCGUAUGGUAGCCCAGGAAUGAGAAUUACCCCCAUGAUGGCAUACCAUUUGCAAAAGAAGACAACCCAAGGUAUUGCAAAUGGGGUAUGUCCAGUCUUUUUUAGUAACCACUUGGUCACAAACACUGGCCAAAAUUAGCGUUCAAUUUAGUUUUUUUACUUUUUUCACACACAAACAAAUAUGAAUGCUUACUUUGGCCAGUGUUUUCGACUAAGUGGCUACUAAAAAAGACUGGACAUACCCCAUAUUGAAUACCCUGGGUUGUCUACUUUAAAAAAAAUAUGUACAUGUGGGGUGUUAUUCAGAGAUUUAUGACAGAUAAUAGUGUUACAAUGUCACUAUUGAUAAAUUUAAAAAAUGUAUGUUUUGAAACCGCAAUAUCCUACUUGUACCUAUAGCCCUAUAACAUGCAAAAAAAAGCAAAAAAGCACGUAAACACUAGGUAUUUUUAAACUCAGGACAAAAUUUUGAAUCUAUUUAGCAGUUUUUUUCAUUCGCUUUUGUAGAUGAGUAAAAGAUUUUUCAAGUAAAAGUCAAAAAACAUGUAUUUUUUUCAAUUUUUCAUCAGAUUUUUGUAUUUUUUUAAAAUUAAAAUACAUGAGAUUAUAUAAAUAAUGGUAUGUAAAGAAAGCCCAUUUUGUCCUGAAAAAAACAAUAUAUAAUUUGUAUGGGAACAGUAAAUGAGAAAGCGGAAAAUUACAGCCAAACACAAACACCACAAAAGUGUAAAAAUAUUCCUGGUCGCAAAUGUACAACAUCGCAAAAACAGUCCAGUCCUUAAGGGGUUAAAUCAAUAAUCUGUAUACAUAGCUGUUACAACAGUCAGUGACACAAUAUAGGCUACAAACAAUAAACAAAAAUAUUUACCACAAUUCACAAGCCUAAUCUGGCAGAAACACGACUCAAACUAACACCCCAACGUUUUGGCUCCUCCUGGUAGCCUUUAUCAAGGGUUUCCAAUAUUUACCACAAUAUUUGAAUUGUGGUAAAUAUUUUUGUUUGUAGCCUAUAUUGUGUCACUGACUGUUGUAACAGCUAUGUAUAUGGAUUAUUGAUUUAAUAAAUCUAAAUAGAGAUUUCUUAAGGUUUUUUGGUGUGCAUUCAUUUUUGAUUUAACUAUUGGUUUCUUUGGUAUCUGGGGGAGUACCAGUAUUGGAUAGCACCCUAAGGUUUGUAUUAUUGAAUGGUCUCUCCAUACUCUGUACAUUAUAUACUUGUAUUAUAGGUAACCUCUACAAAUAUUCCGAGAUGCUGCUGAUCUUAUUAACUCCUCAAAAGAUUCUAUUCUUUUUUACUUUGGCAAAAAAAAACCUUAUGCUACAUGGGAAAGAGCAGCUCUUUUUUUUUUUUUUUUUUCGUUUAGUUAUAAGAUCCUUUGCAAUUGUUUAAAUGUAAAGUCAAUCUACCUGCUAAUUGGAUCUAUACUUGCGUUCUGAGUCUAAAAUAAGUCACAUUUUAUCAUGUAUAGAGUACAUGAAGAAAUUUUCUUUCUAAACUAUGUAUUAUAAGAGUGCCUCCUAUGUACGGUUAGAAUCAAAAUUUUUAUAAACCGACCAUUCUUGGGAUAUCAUUGUUGUCUUAGUUUGACUGUUACAAUUAGGUGUGCAAGUAAAACUGAGCAUUUCUAAAGCAGCACAUGUACUUAACUCCUGACUGGGUCUUUUUGUAACCGGUUUUGUGUCAUCUGCUGGGAGAAGGGAAAUCUGACUUAGGACUGCUUGGAAAAAAAAUAUAGAAGUAAAAAUGUAUGUUUUAAAGGAAUUGUGAUUGUGUGUUAACUUUAAUUACACUUUAAGAAUGUAUUGUAGUAUGGAAACUUCAGCUGUAUUUUUUUAAUUGUGUGCAUUAUUAAUAAUUAUCAAAACUAAUGAAAAUGUCUUUGCAGGCGCAGUGUUAUUGAAGAUGUUUAUAAUAGGUUGAAUCCACAUAGAGAGAAUGACGGGGUAAGUUUUCGAGGGAAAAUAUGUUCUCUUUAAACACCGAUCCUGCCAACACAAUGUUGAUGCCUUUCAUCAGAAUUGUCUCUUCAAAUUGAAAUAAAAUGACUCUGCGUCAUUUCCUGCGUGCUCUAGAAAACCUGUGUCUAAGUGGUUACAUUUUACCGUAGUUAUUUCCAAGAUUUUCUACAUUGUUUUUUUUUUUUUUUCACAUUGUUUUUGUAGAAGUUAAUUCAACCUUUGUAAUGCUAGAUCUGUGUUGUCUAGAAAAUAAUCUAAUGAAAUGUAUAUAAAUUUUUGUUUUUUGUAUGACACGGGUCUUGAAUCUUAAAUAAGGACCCUUCCGGAAGAGAAGAAAAUGCACCCCAUGGAAAGCUGGUGGAGGCUCUCAGGGAUCUGAGAACUAAUCAUAGGGGAAACUACCGUCAGCUCCUGGAGGAGAUGCUGUGUAGUUACAGGCUAGAUAAGAUGCAGGGUGAAGAAUCUGCGGUGGAACCAACACAACAAUCUGCCUCCAGCAGUGUCAUGGAUGAGUCCGUAACUGGAAGUCAUGCUCAAGUGGAAUAACUGCUUUAUAAAGUGCGACUUGCAUGGUUUUCAGACUGAAAUAGACAUUUAAAAUGAAAUUAUAUAUGUAGAAAUGUUACAGGGAGAGUAGGCAUGUUUUACCUGUGUGUGUUAAAAUCAUAUUUGGGUUAGGCCUGAGUUUUGCAGGCAUUGUAUUAAAUUCUGCACUUAACUUUGACAUGGAUGCAUGCCUCACAACUAUCUGGGGGCGGGGCCUUGAGGAGGCGGCACCAGUGACCUGCUCUGCGUCACUAGGUACGCCCAUAAAUGGUCGUUCCUGCUUGGAAACGUUGCCGGCUCGCUCACCAACAUGCUUCCUGAACUGUCCAGCCUUUAGCACUCUGAAGAGACCACUGCUGAAGCACUCACUGCACUGUCCUAGUGCCCUCUGUACUCUCCUAGUGCAUAUAAUGAGGCGCUUAUGCUGUGGUGCCUGGAGACUGUCUUCUGUUGUCCCCAAAUGUGGGACACCAGGGAACUAAAGCAGGAUGGUGGGACAGGACACAAAGUAUUACUGGGAGGUCUGCAUUUAUUUGGGGGGGUCGAGGGCGUGGUAUGUUUGGCAUUGGAGUUUAAAUUAACCCUAAUUUGGAUAGUGAUCACUGCCAAAAGGAACAUUAUUUAAAUUAAAAUCUUCAUUCUGUAGUCGGAAUGAAUGAAAUUGUCAUUUUCAGAGUUCCUAAAUGUAGAUUUUUCAAAUUUAAAAAUCAUUCUUAUGUAUUGUGCUUCAGUAAAACACUCAGUGAGAAUGUUGGUUUUUACGAAGCAAAGUCAUAAAGUGACUAAUUGUAUAGUAAAUUUGCAAUAUGCAAACCAAAUGUUAAGCUGUAUUUGAAAAAUGCCUGUUCCCCUCAAGGCAUCAAGGUGUAUGAAAGAUAAGCAUACAAGUAUAUUUUAAUUGGAGCAAUGUCAGUUGUUUUUCAUUCAGUUAAUGACAUGAUGUUUUAUUGUGUACGUAACUUUUGUUGCUCCUGUAGAUUACUAGAUAAAACCUGUUCUGUGUAUGUGUAUAUAUAUAUGUGUGUGAAAUCCUAGGUAAAAGUAAUACAAAAAUACUAACUGUAGUUAUGAAAUUGCAUUACAACUAUUAUGAAAGUCUGUUAAUCAUAAAAAUACCACUAAGGAGUAAGGAACAACAUGUAUAGAUAACUUUAAAUGAGCCUACUGCAAGCACUGUAACUAUGUAUUUGUCAGAAAGUAGUUCUAUAGAAUUUAAACAGCUACAUUUAUGUGAAAAAUGUCUUAAUAAAUGGAACCUCUGGAAGAAAUUGUUUAAAGAGAAACGCACCUUUUAAUGUGAGCCUCCCAAUCUGCAAAUGUGCAUUGUUGUAGUAUCACUCCCACUUUUCGAUUAUGAUGGCAUGGGUCUGGUCUCAGUGAAUGUCCAGACCCAAUGAGCCAGUCAAAUAGACCAAUGCAUAUGGGUGGUGUACUCUUAUUCAAUCCCCAAAUAUCUGACUUUUACAUUGAUAAAGGUUCCUCCAUUAGUACCUAGCAUCAGAGAGAAUCAAAAUGUGAAGUAUUAUGUAGGUAUUCUAAUUAAUUUACAUUUCUGGUGAGAUUUAGAGUGCCUUUUAGGCUUCAUUUUUAUGCUUGAUCAGGGGGUUUUAAAUCUUUCCCUCAAACUCGCAGGCAUUAAUCAUUUAAAGUCGCACUGUCUGCCACAACUACUGAGGUUACUUUGACCUUAGUGCUGUACUAUGUGCAGGAGCACAGCAGUGAUAUUGAGGAACAGGUUCAGGUAAGUAGACUCUCCUUUGCCUGUCCCCACUAGACCUCCAUCAGAUGUCACAGGUCGGGGGUCUUUACAAAUUGUAAAGUUUCCAGACGGUGACAGUUCCACUUUAAAAGGAGAUCUGCUAGUGAAUUGCCUCUGUGAUGAAUUCCUAUCACUUGGCUGAUUCUUCUCUAUCAGGUUCUCUAAUUGUUAAAUAAUUAUAUAGUUACAUGGAGACUGGUAUUUUCUCUCAAUGUCUUUCUUAUAUCUCCUCCACAAUGCAGGACAUGGUUCAUAACAGGUUCUAUCUGCUAAACUAUAUCAGCAGGAGCAAAGUGCACAAAAAUAUUGACUUUAAUUUAUGGGAAUGGCUGCCUUGUGUGAAGUCAAAAACAUAAUCCACUUGAGGUGUUGGGUAUAAAAGGGGCAGCUGUAUUUAGUCCAUUUAUUUGGAGCACUUUUAGGAACUACUGUAAACUUCAUGACUGGGUUAAAAGUAAUGCUGCCUUUUCAGGAUUCUGAAUCUAUUCUAAGCAUCUAUGUGAUGGUUUAAUCACACUAUGUAAUUAGUCCAAACCAUUAUCUAGUAAGGCACUAGGCCAGUGCAGUGAGUAUUCAAAUGAUGCCUAUCAUGGUAAGCAUGGGACUUGAUGAUGUUUUGAUGGGGUGGGAGUCAUCUGGAAAUUGACAUGGAAAAAUUGUCAACUUUUUUUUAUUGUAAAAUUCGAUUUGCAUUGUUCAGCUUUCUGUUAUUGCAAGUGUAUGAAAAGGGCAGUAAAUGUCCCUUGCUCUGCAGUUUGUCAUCUCUUAAGAAAUGAUCUGUAAAUCAGCGUGAAACGUUGACUGUUAAACCUUUUUAUCCCAUUUAGUUGUGGUUUGGUUUUUUUUUAAUUCAAUAAAAUAAACUUGUUUUUCCAGUGCUAAAAUGAAACCCUUUUGUUUUGUUACGUUUCAGAAUAUCGUGUGUAAUGUAACCCAAUCAUUUUUAAAUUUGGUCUGUAGUGUUCAGCAUUAUUAUAGUGUUAUGCAUAAUAAAUAUGAAAAUGGUUAAUAGUUGAACUAUGUACUAUUUGUAUUUAUUUGUUUGUUUAGCAUAGUAGAAUUUUAACGGUUAGUUUGUCAGACGUGUGAAAAUGUGUUUCUAGGUACAAAAUGUGAGAUACAACAUCCUGGUAAAGAAAUAUAAACCACUUUUACUAUUUCCUCUCCUUUUUGGGGGCUAAUAAAACCUGGGUUGAUUUUUGAAAAUUUUUGGUAAAAGUUUUUUUUUGUUUUUGUUUUUCUUUCUUGUAGGGUGCUGGAGAUCUAGAAGACCCAUGGUAG